AAUUGCAUGUCGAAGUGAAGACAUGUUCCCUUUUUGGGAAAACAAACUAUAUAUAUUGGCAUAUACUCUACACACUCCAGCACAGUAGGUGGCGGUGUCCACCGUGGUUUACAACCCGCCAAUGAAGCUAAAGAGGAAGGAGAGCUUCCAUGCAGCAGAUCACAUUGUCUGGUAUGAAAACUAUGAAUGAAGUGGGCUGGUGUUCCCUCAGAGCCUUAGUUGAGCUGACAGACGAAAGCUACGGAAGAUAACAGAAACCAACAGAGGUUGUGUUCAUCUGUUGAAGACCAGUCGCUUCCAGCUGCCAUCAUCAUGUCAGCAGACGCGAACCCUCCCCAGCUUGUGAAUCCUCCGCCUCCUGAGGUGACCAAUCCCAACAAGCCAGGCCGGAGGACCAACCAGCUGCAGUACAUGCAGAAUGUAGUGAUCAAAUCCCUGUGGCGGCACCAGUUCGCCUGGCCUUUUUACCAGCCUGUUGAUGCAGUCGCUCUUGGACUAUCAGAUUAUCAUACGAUAAUAACAUCUCCCAUGGACUUGGGAACCAUCAAGAAACGGCUAGAGAACAACUACUAUUGGAGUGCAAGUGAAUGUAUGCAAGACUUCAACUCCAUGUUCACCAACUGCUACAUAUAUAAUAAGCCUACAGAUGACAUAGUGCUGAUGGCCCUCGCCUUGGAAAAGAUUUUCUUGCAAAAAGUUGCCCAGAUGCCACAGAGGGAAGACGAGAUUUUUCCUCAUGCAGCCAAAGGGAAGAGCAAAAAAAGUAGCACUCCAGGUGGGCAGAAUGGAACUGUGACCACAUGUUCUUCAGCUACAACACCCACAUCUCAGCCAAGUCUCAGCUACACGCCCUCCAGCUCGUCCUCAAUGCCCAAACAAUCAUCACAGAACAUCACAAAAAAGAAAGGGAUGAAGCGGAAGGACGACGCCUCCAGUUUGAAUGAUUUGUCAGAAAGCAAGAGGAGACGUGGAAGCGCAGGCCGAGAAAGUGAGCAGGGCAGACUGAGCGAACAGCUCAAGUACUGCAACGAUAUACUGAAGGAAAUGCUGUCUAAGAAGCACGCAGCCUACGCCUGGCCUUUCUACAAGCCCGUCGACGCUGAAGCUCUGCAGCUACACGAUUACCAUGACAUCAUCAAAUACCCCAUGGAUCUCAGCACUGUUGAAAAAAAGAUAGAUGGAGGAGAGUACCAGGACGCACAAGGCUUCGCUGCAGAUGUUAGGUUGAUUUUUUCCAAUUGCUACAAAUACAACCCUCCACAUCAUGAUGUUGUCACUAAGGCCAGAAAACUUCAGGGUGUGUUCGAGAAGAGGUUUGCGAAGAUGCCAGACGAGCCAGUGGAGCUGAUUUCACUAAUGAGUGCCAUGUCCACUAAGAGCGCAGAUUUUAGUGCGAUAAGUGCCAACAGUUCCUCCAACUUGGACAAAUCAGACUUAGCAGAGGAGCGUGCCACCCGCCUUGCUGAGUUGCAAGAACAGGUGGGUGCAGAACAGCUUAAAGCGGUUCAUGAACAGCUCGCUGCACUCUCUGAAGUCCCUGUGAUUAAACCAAAGAAGAAAAAAGAAAAGGACAAGAAAGAGGACAGCUGGCAAAAUAAAAGCAGUGCAAAUUCCAGCUCCAGGCAGUCGUGGAAGAGAAGCAAAGACUGGGAUUCGGAUGAUGAAUCUCUGCCGAUGACGUACGACGAGAAGCACCAGCUGAGCCUGGACAUUAACCGGUUACCUGGCAUAAAGCUGGGCCGCGUGGUGCACAUCAUUCAGACUCGAGAGCCCUCGAUGUGUGACACCAACCCAGAGGAGAUUGAGAUUGACUUUGAGAUACUGAAGCCGUCCACUCUGCGGGAGCUGGAGCAAUACGUGAAGUCUUGUCUGCAUAAGAAGUUUAAGAAAUUUCAAAAGAAAAGCAGUCAAGCUGCGUCUCAUCACGUCAGCUGCAGCAGUUCUUCAGAUUCUGCCACCAGCAGCUCCAGUGACUCCAGCUCGGAAAACAGUGACUCGUGACAACUGUAAUGUUUUUAUUUAUUUCUUCUUUUGUUACCAAAAGAUAGUUCUUCAAAACUGUUAAACAUGCUUAUUUUUGUAUUUGUUAUGUGCUUAAGAUCUGAAAAUUAAACUUCCUUCACACCGUC